UAAUGUUGGUUGAAAUGUAAUCCGUUGCAUUCAGCAACCUACCUCUUGCCUUGGAACUUUCUCCUUCUCGCUAUCUGAUUUUGACAUUAUCUUUCGCACAAGCGAAAAAAGGAAAGAUCUUGAGCAAAACUAUACCUUGCCUCUGUGAAGAUCUGCACCAUUGCUAUUUGUCAAAUGAAGAAAUCAAUCAUCGGUUUUUCACAAGAUUCAUGAGAGCUGAAUCCAAGAUUUGCGAAAUCCCAUCUGGGAUUCUGACCCUUUUCAUUUCUAUGUCAAAUCAAGAUCCAAGUUGACUUUUCUGAGCUCCCUUCACAAAUCUUGAAAAAAGAUCAGAUUUUUCCGGUUGUUGUAGAUUGCAGAGUGAUGGGGGAGGAAGAGAGGCUCCCAAGUCACGGCGAGGAAGCGCGGGAGAGAAUUUUGUGCAGCCCUGUGCAUUGGUUUAAGAUGCUUGCGAGAGAAUUGCAUUGGAGCUUUGUGUUUGGAGUGGUGAGUGUGUAUGGCGUGAGCCAAGGCUUAGGUGGAGCUCUUGCAAGAGUUGGGACGCAGUUUUACAUGAAGGAUGUGCAGAAGGUGCAGCCAUCUGAGGCUCAGGUCUACGCCGGCAUCACUUCUCUUCCUUGGAUCGUCAAGCCGCUCUGGGGUAUCCUAACCGACGUCGUUCCCAUUUCGGGGUAUCAUCGGAGACCUUAUUUCGUUUUUGCUGGUUCCCUAGGAAUCAUCUCCAUGCUGUUCUUGUCGCUGCACCCGGGACUACACAUAGUAUUAGCAUUGCUUUCAUUGACAGCAUCAAGCGCCAGUGUUGCAAUUGCAGAUGUUACUAUCGAUGCAUGUGUGGCACAGAAAAGCGGCCUUCAUCAUUCCCUGGCAGCUGACAUGCAAAGCUUAUGUUCCUUGAGCUCCUCGAUUGGGGCUCUCGUGGGAUUCUCUUUGAGUGGUAUAUUUGUUCACCUAAUUGGGCCACAGGGUGCAUAUGGCUUGUUAACGAUACCAGCUGGUCUCGUCUUCGUAGUUGGUAUAUUGCUCAAGGAACAACGCGCAUCCGUCUCUGCUUAUGAACAGAUCAGCCAGAACUUAGCCAAUGCUGGUAAAGCUAUGUGGCAGACGUUGAAAUUGCCAGACAUGUGGAGGCCAUGCUUGUACAUGUACUUGUCCUUCUCGUUGGGCCUAAACGUCUCCGAGGGGAUGUUCUAUUGGGUGACGGAUUCACCAUCCGGCCCUUCAUUUUCUAAGCAAAUAAUUGGUUACAUCAUGGCGAUAGGCUCGGUGGGCUCGCUCCUCGGUGCUAUACUAUAUCAAUACGGCCUAAAAGACUACCCCUUCCGCGAUCUCCUCUUUUGGGCUCAGAUCCUAUCCUGCCUCUCAGGGAUGCUGGAUCUGGCGCUGGUGCUGCGAUGGAACUUGUGGCUCGGUGUGCCCGACUUUGUGUUCAUGGUGGUUGAUGCAAGCGUUAGCCAAAUGAUCGGACGCUUCAAAUGGAUGCCACUUCUUGUUCUAAGCUCCAAGAUGUGCCCACCUGGCAUUGAGGGCACCUUCUUUGCCCUGCUCAUGUCUAUAGACAAUGCCGGCCUCCUCACUUCCUCGUGGCUGGGGGGGCUCCUGCUCCACGUCUUGAACGUUACACGAACAGAGUUUGGGAACAUGUGGCUCGCCAUUCUGAUCAGGAACGUGCUGAGGAUCGCCCCGCUCUUCCUGCUCUUCUUGGUUCCUAGAGCAGAUCCAACCUCUUCUAUCCUCUCUGAUGAUGUUGUCAACAUGAAAGAGGCUGUUGAAGCUCGAGAGCAGCCCGAUGACGUAGAACUCGUUGCGCUUGUGGACCGCAUGGAUGGCGGUAGUUAGGACUGCAGAAGGUGUUCAAGCACCACAGUCCACAAGCAAGGCCUAUAACAUACAUAUUUCCUGAGUUAACUUGGGAAAUGGCCAUUUCGUUAGUUCAUGCUAUUCAUUCAUCUUCUUAUAUAUACAUAUUUUUUGAGAAAUUACUGAAUUUUGCGGUCAGGAUGAGGAUUGAUAUUAUCAACGUGUACUGUUGAAAUUUUGACGACACAGUUAGUAAAUUGUAUACUGAAAUAUCGCAGUACAUAUUA